ACGGCGACUCCACAAUCUCACCUAACAAAACUGCACAUCUGUACCCAUAAUAUAAGCCAAAGUUGUGUGGCAGCCAGCAGCCACAUCCAUCACAUUUCAUCUUUGCUUUAGCCUUUAGGCAUGGAGAAGAGCAAGGUUCUCAUCGUCGGUGGCACUGGGUACAUCGGCAGAAGGAUCGUGAAGGCGAGCUUGGCUCAAGGCCAUCCGACCUACGUCCUGAUGAGGCCGGAUAUCGGCCUCGCCGUCGACAAGAUCCAGAUGAUCCUGUCGUUCAAAGCGGCGGGAGCGCGCGUCGUCGAGGCCUCGCUGGACGACCACCGGAGCCUCGUCGACGCCGUGAAGCAGGUGGACGUGGUGGUGUCGGCCAUGUCCGGGUAUCAGUUGUCCCGGCAGCUCAAGGUAGUGGAUGCUAUCAAAGAAGCCGGAAACAUCAAGCGUUUCCUACCAUCUGAAUAUGGCAUUGACCCGGCGAGGAUGGAGCAUGCGCUUGCACCAGGAAGGAUUACAUUUGACGAGAAAAUGAAGAUAAGAAGGGCCAUAGAAGAAGCAAAUAUUCCCCACACCUAUGUUUCUGCAGGAUGCUUUGCUGCGUACUUUGCGCCUAACCUCUCUCAACUGGGUACCCUUCUCCCACCCAAAGAGAAAGUUCAAGUAUAUGGAGAUGGCAACGUUAAAGUGGCAUUCAUGGAUGAAGAUGACGUUGGAACAUACGCAAUCAAGACCAUCGAUGAUCCUCGGACCUUGAACAAGACAGUAUACCUCAGACCGUCAGAAAACAUUCUUACUCAAAUGGAGCUGAUUGCCAAAUGGGAAAAGCUCUCAGGAAAAUUUCUCGAGAAAAUUCACAUUCCAAAUGAUGAAUUCUUGGCGUCAAUGGAAGGGGCGGAGUUGUUUCAUCAGGAGGCCGUGGGGCAUUUCCACCACAUUUUCUAUGAGGGGUGCUUGACAAACUUUGACAUUGGGGACGGUGCCGAAGAAGCUUCUCUACUCUACCCAGAGGUCCAGUACACCCGGAUGGACGAGUACAUGAAGCCUUAUUUGUAAUUUUAAAAUUGACCUCCACGAACUAUAUAUAUAUCUUCAUUAGUCAGAUCUCGACACCACGGGGACAACAAUAACACCACCACCACACAGAUGUUAGAAAAGGUUCCGGUUUUACUUUACUCUGUAUGUGCACAAUUCUCGGAGUUGUAAUAAAGUGUAGAAUAUGCAAGUUCCAUGAAAAUGUCUUAGCAAUAUACUCCCUCCGUCUCAAAAUAAGUGACGUAGAUUUGUAUAAGAUUCUAAACAAAUUCAUGUCACUUAUUUCGGGAUGAAGGGAGUACAAAAGUUUAAUGUGAAUCAAUAGAAUGUGCAAGAUGUCAACGAGUAAA